AUGAAGAAGCUGCGGCUACUGCCGGAUGAGCGUUGCACCACAGAACUACACACACUAAGCCCAUUCAUUGUGCUGGAACGAGGCAAAUACAAAAUCCACAGAAGCAAGAAGCAGUUCACUGAAGGGCGCUCGUUUUUUUUUUUGCGAUAUGUAAUUUGCGAUAUCCGCCAAAAGAAAAAAUAUUGUUCGGCCGACCGGCGAAAUGCUGAUAGCGCUGUCCUGAAGCGUGGUGCUAUUCUUGCAGGAACAUUUUGUUCUGGUAUUGUUUAG